GUCGAUAUACAUUUUGUUUUAACGACAACUUGAACGCAGUGGGAUAAAAUUCGAAAAUGCACACAGAUAAAGAAAAAAAUAUCUCAGCCGAGGAAUUCGUUGAUGCAUUACUAUCAGAAGGUACGAACAUUGCUUGUGAUACUACAAAUGAAACAUUUCGUAGUCAAGGAGACUGCCUCCCACCUUAUUAUAACCAAAUAUUAUAUAAAAGGGGACAAGAAUUAUAUAAAAAAUAUAUGUAUUCCAUGGAUCUAGUACAUGCUUUUGGGGUUCUGGUUCUUUAUUCUAUCCCCACAGCACUAAAUGUGGCUUUAUCCGCAGCUGGUUCCUCAUUUAAAUUGUACGAAACGCAUACUAGACAGUUGCGUACAAAUCUAAACAUACAAUCAUUCUAUUAUUCAGACUUAAGACCAAAUUCUAAUGCUUGGAAGACACUCAAGAAAAUCAAAAUGAAGCACAAUAAAGUGAGUAAAGGAAGUUCAAAUAAAAGUCUAAAUCCACUCACACAACUAGACAUGGCAGUAGCUCAAUUCGCUUUUUUUGGUUUGGGUAGUAUAAGAGCAGAAUUCGUCGGUCUCCAAGCUGUUAGCGAAGAAGAAUGGAAAGGUCUUCAUCACUAUUGGAGAGUUAUGGGAUACUUACUUGGAAUGGAAGAAAGAUUCAACAUCUGCAGCCCUCCAUUAGAUACCAGUAAAAAAAUAGCAGAAUGUCUUGUUCAAAAACUGAUAUUACCCGAAAUGGAAAAGAAAAACCCGAUUUAUCUGAAUACUACAAAAGUAGCGAGUCUCUGUUUUAAGCCGAUGUUGCUAGAACUAGAAACCAAUUGCGUCGUGAAUUACUUAUAUAAUUUGUUAAAACAAAGAGAUGUUGCUAAUAUGUACGUCGCAAAUUAUGUGGAUUUGAAAUGGUAUUCUAGGGUUUAUUAUAAAUUUUUCGUUUUUUCACUUAUUUCUCUUCUAAAAUGGAGACCUUAUAAAAUUCUAAGAAACACUUUACAUAGAAUUAAUAUGUAUCUAAUUACUACAUUUCCUUCGAUACCUAGGUUAGAAUGUGAGAUAUUUGAUUACCUAUAUCUAUAAGUUCAACUAAUCAGGUAAGCCCGGUAAUUUUGAUUAUAUAAUAUAUAGAAAUAUGAUAAAAUAAUGUAAUUCGUGAAAUUUACAACAUUUAUUCAGAGAAAAAUGCAAUGAAAGAACUCAUAAUCAUCUAAAACUUUACUGCAAACCCUCAUUAUCAUCAAUUUCACUGCAAGCUCAAGGAUCAUUAAAAAAGUUUACUACAAGCUUCAGAAUCUUGUAAUGUAAGACUUUACUCCAAAGCCUCAUGAUUAUCUAAAACUACACUGCAAGAAAAAGUUCACUGCAAGCUUCAGAAUGUUGUAAAACUUUACUUUAAAGCCUCUUGAUUAUCUAUAACUUCACUGGAAGCUUCAGGAUCAUUUAAACGAUCACUAUAAGCUUCAGGGUCAUUUAAAAGUUCACUGCAAGCUUCAGAAUCUUGUCAAACUUUACUGCAAACCCUCAUGAUCAUCUAAAACUUUACUGCAAGCUUAAGAGGGAUGUAAAGCUUAUAGAGUAGUUCGUCGAUGUUGUUGUGGUAAUCGUAGCAAAAUCUUCAGUAUCACUCUCUCUGCAAUUCUACUCAUGGCACUUCCAAAAGGAAAACUGCCCAACUACCUAAAAAUAAGGUAGACGCAGACAAAGACAGAUAACUCCUUACCCUUGGGCAUUGGUGACAGCAACUGCCUUUAUACUUUUAAAAAGAAACCGAUUUUUUUAUGACAGUGAUCAUAGUGAUAACAAAAAUUAUCGAAAAUCUCUAAAAUUAUCUCAACUUAAAAUAUUUCACAAAUCAUAUUUAUAAAUUUUUUAAAUGAAAUAUACAAUUUUGAUGUAAUAUUAUACCUUUUACAAUUUGUGAAUUUAUUAUUUAAAUAUAAAACAAAGUUCCUUUAACAAAAAA